AUGAGGGCUAAGAGGAAGGUCACACCUCUUUGGCUGGAGAUUUUGGUGACGAGUAUGCCCCAGAUUCUAAGCAUGAGGCAGAUAGUUUAUGCUAUUCUAAAUCUAUCCGCUAUGCCAGCUCCCCCACCUGCACCCCCAGUUCAACUUGCAGUGGCACCUCAGGAGUCCCCUAUCGAGUGGCUCCGUAGGUAUGAGAAGGGGUUUAUCUUGCUGAGCAAGUAUGCGCCAAAGCUCAUUUCGACUGAGGCUCACCAUUGUAGGAGGUUCAAGGAGGACUUCCACUUGGAUAUCUAUACUCAGUUGGCAGUCGAUCCCCCUUAUAUUUUUGUGAAGUUGACUCGCCAGAAAAAGGCAGUCGAAAGAAUUUUUCUCAAGAAAGCUCAGGUGGUGAGCGACUCAAUGGGUCAGAGCCGGAGGGAUCCAAAGACUGCUAGGCCAUAUCAGUCAUUAGCUAAGUGGGCCAAGGCUCCCCAAAGUUUAGUGAGACCACUAUCAGGGUCGUCUAGAGGGGCAGCUCAGAGAUCAGACCAUGGAGAGACUGCCCCCGAGCUCAAAGUUCGAACCCUACAUCAUCUCAUAGAUCUGCGCCAUUUGUUCAGCGAGGUCGAGGGUCCUUCAGAGAUAGACUUGAGAUCAUGGUACUAUCAUUUGAAAGUAAAGGAUGUCAAUAUUUCGAAGAUCAUUUUCAGGACAAGGUACGACCAUUAUGAGUUUCUCAUGAUGAUGUUCGGAAUCACCAGUACCCUGGUGGUAUUCAUGGAUUCGAUAAACCGUGUCUUUCAUCCUUACCUAGAUCAUUUUAUGGUUAUCUUCAUCGACGAUAUUCUUGUGUACUCCCAGUCUAAGGAAGAGCAUGACCAGUACCUCCGCAUCAUUUUACAGAUACUUAGAGAGCGUCAAUUAUAUGCCAAGUUUGGGAAGUGUGAUUUCUGGUUGAUCAAAAUGGCAUUUUUGGAUCAUGUUGUAGUAGUUGAUGGAAUCCGAAUGGAUCCCUAG